AUGAGCUUCGCAUAUGGAGUCCAAUACCCGGGAUAUUCCCCGGCGUAUCCCGUCAGCUAUGCACCAGUGGCGUACCAGCCGCAACAAGCGCAACCGGCCCAGCCCGCCCAGCCCGCCCAGCCCACGCAGCCCACGCAACCCGCGCAGCCAGCGCAGCCGGCACAGGCCUACCAAGCCUUCGGCUUUGCAGCUGCGCCGACGCAAAGUGCGGCGCCCGCACCUGCGGAGAGCUCGGGAGCCUAUCGGCUGGUGGUGUCAGGCUGUAGACAUGAGACGGUGGCCCAGAUUGUUCGUGGUCACUUCACUCGGGAGGGAGAGAAUCAUGGCCACCCGGUCUUCAAGAAAGAGUCCCAGUGGAAUGGCCUGGAUGUGAUGAUCUAUUUCUGGGCACCCUGGCUGACAUGUGCACUGAAUGUCAAUGUGAGUGCUCUCGAUGAGCGGGACGGCCCGAGCUUCUCGGGCUGGUGGUUUGGGCCGAAGGUGGGCGGCGACCAGGUCUGGGCCUACCAACCAGACAAAGAGCAGGAGCCGCCUGCCAGCGGCUGGCGAGUUCCCUACGACGGCCCCGUGGACAACACCUUCAUCCUCUACCCCGCACCGGGAGGACCCGGAGGAGGAGGAGGACCUGCUAGCCCCAGUCCUGCCCCUACCCCCGCAGGCUACAAUCCCACGCCCACGGUGGUGCCUCCUCCCGCGACCGCCAGCUGGGCAAGCCCAGCUCCGACGCCCCAGGCCGUCCCUACCCCGUCACCCUGGGAUGCACAACAGGCCGCGAUCCGAGCGCAGCAGGCGCAGCAGCAGGCGCAGCAGCAGGCGCAGCAGCAGGCGCAGCAGCAAGCGCAGCAGCGCGAGAGGGAGCAACGUGAGCGGGAGCAGCGGGAGCGAGAGCUGCGAGAGAGAGAGAGGCAACAGCAACAACAGAUGCAACAACAGAUGCAACAGAUGCAACAGAUGGAGGAGAGGAGAAAGAUCGAAGCCCGGAAAGCCGAGGAGAUGAGACGGAGGGAGGCUGAGGCUCUGCAGCGAAAGGAGCUCGAGAAGGCUCAGCAAGAGAAGGCUCAGCAAGAACUUGAGAAGCGGCGCCUGGAGCAGCGCUCCGUCCUAGCCAUUCGCCGACAGAUUCAGAAAGUGCGCAUGGCCACCCCGGAAACUUUGGAUGCCUUGGAGAAGGAGCUCCAAGACUUGCUGCAGACCGCGGCCGCUGAGUCGAGUUUGGGCUCGCAGGGAGAGACCGUGAAGGAGGAGGCGGCCUGUGGCUUGGAGGCCGCGAAGAAGCGCUGCGAGACUUUGAAGGAAAACAAGCGAAAGCAACACGAGGAGGAGGAAAAGGCCAAGGCCAGCUGCGCGCCAGUUCGUAGACCAAACUUGAUAGAAGAGGCUUAG